GUAUUGUAUGACCGGUUGUGGCGUUGAAUAGGCCUUCACUACACUUCACUACACGUACACCAUUUGCGGCGUCGACUCUGAUUGGCUGAGCGUUAGUCACGUGAGGCUAUUGUCUGAAAGUUGGGAGACAUUGAGUGGUAUUCUGUGUUUUAGAGGCAUUAGUAUUGCAUUCGAAGCACUCAUUCAUUCAAAGCAACUCUUAAUCGCCUUUUUUGCCGGUUUUUCACUCAAAGCCUCGCUUUUGAUUCACUUCUCGAUUCACUUACCAUUCAAUUGAUACUAUCAUCUAAUCAGUGACACAAUGCCCGCCACCAGAUCCAGAACCAGUACCGAAGGCGCGGACGCGAGCGCUGAGACCGACAAGAAGGUGGACGACAUCAUCGAGUCGUCGACCGACGCCGUGGACGCGGCCACCGCUGUCGACCCGGAGGAAGUGAAGGAAGCGGUGGAGAAGGAGAGCAACAGUGAGUCGUCGGACAGCACUAGUGUUGACUCAAAACCGGUCGAGAACUCAGAGAACGGCUCUAACGAUGAGCUCAAGUCUGACGCAAAUGGAGACAACAAGAACGGCGACAACAAUGUGGAGAACGGAUCCAACAAACGGAAGUCGACGGGCGGUGAAGAGGGCGGCGACGCUCCCGACAGCACUGACAUCACCCCAAAGAAGGCCAAACUGGACGCCGAAGCCGUGGCCGACGAGACCAACGGCUCGAACAACGGAAAGGCCGCCCAACAGGAGGAGACUCCGGCCGCCGUCGAGACCACCGCUUAAUUCAAGUUUUAAUUCAAUUAUUAAUUAUUAUAAUUAUCUCUUCUUUUGUUUCUCAUUCUUCUCGACGUUUUCUUAUGAAAAAUAUUGUAAUUAAUUGAUAGAGAAUU